AUGUCGUCUCGUGUGGGAUUCCGCUUCCUCAACAACACUCGCUUUGCUUUCCGCAAUGCCACUGGUCCCUUCCGCCGGCAGGCCGGUCAGGGCUUCCGUUUCCAGAGCUCCGAGGCCGGCGCCGCGGAGCAGCAGAGCUUCUUCCAGCGCAUGUGGAACAGCCCUGUUGGUGUGAAGACUGUGCACUUCUGGGCCCCUAUGAUGAAGUGGGCUCUGGUCAUCGCUGGUAUCUCCGACUUCAACCGCCCGGCUGAGAAGCUGUCUCUUACCCAGAACGGUGCUCUGAUGGCUACCGGUGCUAUCUGGACCCGCUGGUGCUUGAUUAUCAAGCCCCGUAACGUCCUGCUUGCCGCUGUCAACUUCUUCCUCGGAUGUGUUGGUGUUGUCCAGGUCACCCGUAUUUACAACUACCGCCGCAGCCUCGAUGGCUCCGCUACGGAGGCCGUCAAGGAUCUCGAGAACGAGGCCGCCGAUUCCGUCAAGAGUGUCGCUUCUGCCGUUGAGGGUGCCGCCGAGGGUGCCGUGAAGACUGUUGAGAAGAAGGCGAACUAG